GGACCAAGCCCUGUGACCACAUUCGGCCCGAAGGCAUGCAUGCUGCAGAAUCCACACACAGUAAUACCGUGCUGCUGAGCAUCGGCGGGGGAGAAGUGACAUCACUCCGACUCCGAGAAGUGACAUCACUCCGUCCUAAUAUCCUCUUGUGUCACUUCAGAGUUAGCAAAACUACAAACAUUCUGCGCCGUAUGUCAACGUGCACGUUCCUGAUCGGCUUGUUUCACUGCUUUUGAAUGAAAUAUUGAAAACCGAGCACGUGCUUCAUGGCAGUACGAAUGCAUCAACCGUUGUUUAUUGUUGUGACAUUUUCCUUGAAUUCAGCAGCAUGGAUUUCCAAACUUUUGGGUCAACAGUGUUUUUCAGCUUGCGACUUGCACCAGCAAAACGAUCCACGCUAAUAUUAACGAGGAGUUGAAGCUCGCUCGCGCGUCGCAUCGUCGUGAUGCCAGGUGAUGGUGACAUUGUGUUGCCUUAUUUUGGCUCGACUCCAGCAAAAUGACCGCGAGGUCCAAAGUGCAGCAGGACGACACUCGUCCUAAACAUCCCAACAGGGGAAUAUUUAUCCAGUUUCAUGUGUGUUUUUCAUGUUUAACAUCAUGUCUCGACUCGAUCCAUUUUAUUUUAUCAUUGCUUUAUAAAGGCCUGAUGGUUAAUUAAUAAAAUCGUCAUAUUCUGGAUUUUAUUUAAUUAACUUUUUCUACAUUUAAUAUUAAUAAUAACACUAUCAUGAAUCUACCUCACGAGUCAGGAUGGACUCUCUACCCGUCGUCAGAAUCCUCUUGAGUCGCUCGGUUACAUAAGUCGCUCCCAGCACUGUUUGUUUUAGGCAGCUAAUUGAAGGUUUAACUUCUUCAAGCUGCUAGACAGGUUAAAAGUAGCAGAACCUGUCACGUGUGUGAUCGUGGGGGGUCAGGUGUUAUGUCUGCCUGUCUUUGGAUUUUUUUGUGUGACAUUAAUGGUGUCAUGAAAGAUGGCGACAUGAAAUGUGUUUCUGUGGUUCUAAACAAACACACUGCACACAGACGUGACAUCCAUUGCAUAAUGACACAGCCUACUGAUAUAUUUCACCCCGCACUUCCCCUUCCUGCAGGUUGUCAGGCACCAUUGUCUUUUCUUGGAAAUGGGUCAUAAAAUAACAAGUGGACUUUUUCCUGGCUUGACAAGGAAGCAAAAAAACACUUUAUUUCUACUUGUUGAUAAUUUAAGGGUGACGUUUUGACACUAUAAUUAACGGGAGGAUAUCAAGAUUCUUUUCUUUAUAUAUCUUACGUUUUUUUUUUUCAAUAGGCAGCAUCUACCAUUCUGUGUCAUUUAGGAUCAUUUAAGUGUUUAAGCAAUUCAUUCUUAAAUGGAGAACAAUAAUUGUGGCUUAAUCAACCUAUUGUGCCAUAAUACACCCGUCCUAUGAGGAGAGUCUUUCCCUGAAAUGGGCGUGUGCAGCAUAACGAGUGGGCUGAGCUGAGUUGAAGUCAAUUUUAAGAUGAGUAGGAGCCUUAAUUCAGCAGCAGAAUGCCCCAGGAAGGUUUAGUGUUAAGUCCUCAUUGGGACAAAUAUAGCCGCGGUGGAUCCAGCCCGAGGGCUCGCUAGCCGAUCCUGGAGCCCGACCACAGCACGCGGAGAGACUCUCCGCCUGCCCUUCGCUCAGCCUCUCAGACAGACGGAUUCACAGCUUGACCGCAAGAAGUGAACCGACUCCGUUGCCCCGGCCGCUCUACGAUGUGUCGCAAUCGAGGAAGUUGUUCAAGGUAGAAAUGAGCCGUUCUGCCAGCGCGGGCCACCAGGACAGAGGCCCGUUCUCCAGCUGAAUCCCACCCUGAAGCAGCAUCCUUGUUACAUGUGUACAGCCAUGAAGUUCAACCAGUGCGUACCCCAGGACACUCAUGGUAACCCCGGCGAGAACAAAGUGUGGAAAUGGAAUCGUCCACUGAUUGGUACGGCGGUUCUAACCCGGCAUGAAACUGCAAUUGUCCCCAUGUAGCUGGUGUAAAUGUCGCUGUGUGAUACCGAUGCUAUUUUACAAGCCGUGUAAAGCGGAGCUAAUGUCAAGUACAGUCUUGACUGUGUUCGGGCACAUUCAAGACCCCGCCAGCCAGAGGCUGACGUGGAACAAGCCACCAAAAAGUGUCCUUGUCAUCAAGAAGAUACGAGAUGCCAGUCUGCUUCAGCCUUUCAAGGAGCUCUGCAUGUUCCUCACCGAGAUGAAAGACUUGAUUGUUUAUGUGGAAAAGAAAGUUCUGGAGGACCCGGCCAUUUCAGACGAUGAAAACUUUGGGGCCAUUACGAAGAAAUUCUGCACUUUCAGAGACGAUCUUGAUGAUAUCUCCAAUCGCGUCGACUUCAUCAUCUGUCUCGGUGGGGAUGGAACUUUGCUUUAUGCGUCUUCGCUCUUCCAGGAGAGCGUUCCACCAGUUAUGGCCUUUCACCUGGGCUCCCUGGGAUUCCUGACACCUUUCAAGUUCGACACCUACCAGUCUCAGGUCACCCAAAUUAUUGAAGGUAAUGCUGCAAUCGUCCUGCGAAGUCGCUUGAAAGUCCGGGUGCUUAAAGAGAACUGCGAGAAGAAGGCCAGAGUUGACGAUAACUGCAUCAUCCUGACUAAUGGGGAUGUUGAAAGCAGUCGGAGAGCCGUGCAGUAUCAGGUACUGAACGAGGUGGUGGUGGACAGAGGACCCUCCUCAUAUCUCUCCAAUGUCGACCUCUUCCUGGAUGGACACCUCAUUACCACAGUGCAGGGAGAUGGUGUGAUCGUGUCGACACCCACAGGUAGCACGGCGUACGCGGUGGCAGCAGGCGCUUCCAUGAUCCAUCCCAACGUCCCAGCCAUCAUGAUAACCCCCAUCUGCCCACACUCGCUCUCCUUCAGACCCAUCGUGGUGCCGGCCGGGGUGGAGCUCAAGAUAAUGCUGUCGCGUGAAGCAAGAAACACAGCCUGGGUGUCAUUUGAUGGAAGAAAGAGACAAGAGAUCUGCCACGGAGACAGUAUUACCAUCACCACUUCCUGCUUCCCUGUUCCCUCCAUCUGUUUCCGGGACCCGGUCAAUGACUGGUUCGAGAGCCUGGCCCAGUGUUUACACUGGAAUGUGAGGAAGAAGCAGAACUACCUCAGCUCAGAGGACGAGGAGUUCUGAGGCAUCUUCAAGGUCUUCUCCAAAGUCUCAAGGACCCCGUAGUCUUUUAGUUUGACCGUGCUCUGUGCCGCUUCUUCUUUUAUGGAUGGGUCUCGCCAAACUCCAUUCAGAAUCGUCUGUCGUAAUAACGUCGCCCAUGACAUUGACAAUUGAAAUAAAAUUGUCAAUGUCAAUUUAAAAACAUUGUAAAUUAUAUUUAAGCUUUCUUGUUUUCAUACUAACAGUUUUAUUUAUUCAAUUUCUAUUCCCAAAGGCCCUUUUUUCACAAGUCUUUUAUUUUAAUUGUAUAAUGCUAUUUUCCCUAAUGACACUUUUAUUCAAAUAUGUCCCUCUUGGUGAGAGUGGAGUUGUUUUGUAAUUUACGUAACUCUGCGGUGAGUGAAAGGAAGUUUAUCUACAGGCUAUUGGAUGAGACGUGGGGAGGCGGAGACUGGUAACAACUCCACUCUUGAAUGAGGACAUUAAUUAAUAAUAAAAAAGAAAAGACAUACAACAUUGAAAAAUGGGCAUUUUGAGAUAAAAUGAAGUGAAUCAAAUAUUUUUGUUUUUAACAAUGAGAUGACGUGUUAUGUUUCCAUAGUAAACCAAUCUAAAUGUUGCCUAAUCAAGCUGCUCAGAGUUACACAAGUAACUUAGCGACAUUUGUAUGUUCGCGGUAGACAUAACUCCACUACAUCUUUUAUAUAGGAAAUAGUGGUUUGCUAUAUUAAUGUCCUUUUUAAUAAGUCUGUAGAAUACCACAGAAGAUCGUGUGUCGGUAGAGUGGUGACUAUUUGAAUGGAGUUUGGCCCCACUAUUGGUCCAGGGUUGUCCCUGUGUUGUAAGAGACAGGCUUUUGACAAGUAAUCCGAAGGAAAUGCAAAGCUCGGGAUCAACUUGGACUAAAGCUUUGAAGGUCACUUGUGGAUUGCCGUUCUUGCAUUACUCUUGGUCUGUUUUGGCACUUUUUAGUCUUUUAAGAUGGACGUCAGGGACACAUCUAGUACUUUAUAAACAACAAGUUAGUUCUUUCAGUAGAGGUUCAAGUUUUUCUAAAACAAAUUUAAAAACAUCUGUUAAAUCAAACUUAACUGAGGUGUUAAUCAAAUCAGGAAAAACUGAUAAUAUCAUGAAUGAAUGACAAAUGUCGUCUUACACAUUUUGUAGGUGCAUCUGGGGGGCAGAUUUACAGCACAUCUACUUGGCAAUAGUGACCCAAAUGUGCAGACUGUGCCUUAAACACUGGUAUCAUGAAUUAAUAGAAAUGUAACUUGUCAAGGUUUACAUCCUUGUGACGGCGUAAUGACACACUUUGGCGGCUCCAUUGUCGCCACAUGCUGUCGUUGCCGCCUGCUGUCGUUGCCGCCUGCUGCACAUGACACUGACUAUUUGGGUCAUGGCGAAUCUCUGUUCUGCAGUCGUGUAGUCGAUGCGUUGGAUCAUGUGUCAGGAACGCGAGACGGUGAUAUUCGUUCCCAUUUCUUCAGCGUCUUUUUAACGUCCGUUUUUCAAAAUGCCGUUUAAGCCAUAGCUGAACUCUGUGUAGGUUUUAUAGACCAAAUGUCUGUGGGUGAUUUUUAAGGAUUUGAUUUCUGUCAGUCUUUCCGACUUUGUUCAGUUUGCUACGACUACACUGUAGUCUUUGCUGAAUACUUGUGGCCUACCGUAUAUGUCUGUUCACAUGUGUUUUUCUAGAUGUUAAUAUAUAUAUAUAUAUAUACACACAAUAUAAAUGGGCUUAACAAAUUGUGUCGGAUCGUCACCUGUUGCAACUCAAAUGGACCAACUGAGCUCUGAAAAGGCAAUCAUUCCUUUUUUUUCUCUUGAGUAUAUGUAUAUAUUGUACGUGAUGCUUGAAUAAGAUGUAUUUUGUAAAGUCAAUAUGUUUAUUAAUCCGUUUACAAUGUAUCAUUGCUGAAAAUAAAUCUAUUUGAUACUUUUUUUACAUUAAUAAGCUCUAUAUAAUUAAUUAUUUUUGUCAACCAAUAUGUCUCUGUCUGGCUAUAUUUUUAAAAAGCUUUUAAUAUAUCAGACGUACUUGUAUAACAGUGAAGUACUUCUACAUUCAAAAUGCUUUCCAGGACAACUUUAAGUCUAAUUUUCAGAAGUUCUUUAAUCGUGUGUCUAAAUGUCAACGGCUCCGGUUUGUUUCCAGCGUUGGUCUGAACUGUUCACGUUCUGCAGCAAACAAAAAAAACAGCUUUCACUUCUAUUUUCUCAUUGUCAACUCUUCUCUCAAAGUGCUUUUCACUUUUGUAACUGACUUUUGUAUUUGUUUCUAAUAUGAAUCCUGCUAUUUCUUCUUCUUUUCCAGAGCACUUUAAUAAACGGAACAUUUAACGAGG